AUAAUCGCAUUAACAUUUGGGAUUUCUGCAAAUUGUGAAAACUGACACCGUGUUCGGUUACAUCGGCUAGCUAUAAAUUUGGAGUAGCGAUUCUCCAAAAUGGCGCAAAUAACCAGUUGCCAAGUAAUAAUAAAAUAUUUAAAGAAAAUAAAAAUGUCGAAACAUACUGUUACUGUUCUAUUGAGUGCAAAGUGUUUAUCCGUCGUCGUCGUCGUCAUAUUUAUGAGGGUAUGUUUACGCAUAACUCUCGCUGACGCUCUCUGUCGUCAUUGUAAUGCCUUCUGUAGUGUGCUCCCGCCGCGAUUUCAACGACAAAACCACUUAUGCAAAUGCUUGAAACAUUUCUCUCUUCGUUUACAAUCGCAUAUUUCCCUUGUGGCAAAACAAAAGGAAUGAAGAAAAAACUACAACAACAAUUCAUCGAUGGCAACAAUUUUAGGUGCCUCAUUUGAAUGCUGCUUCACACACACACACACACACACACACACACAUGAACUCAAUUCAAAUUGUCCGUCACACAUUUAUCCACAUGUGUGUUGUAUAUAUUUUGAUUUGGCGAAAAACAAAAACCAAUUAAGUUAAUUAAAUCAUUUUCACAAAAUCACGAUUCAGCUUCGACAUUGAAUGCCACCGUUUUCAUUCGGAUAAUUUUUUGUAUCCAUUCCCACGUCGUCACCAAACACGAUGAUAAGCGAAAACAUCAAAGGGUCGCCUUGUCGACCGCCAGUAAUUUUGCGCAGGGGUUGCAAAAGAGAUUCGUUUUUUUCUCUCUCUCUGUAUGGCACGUCGAUGACUCUGUUGCAUAAGAAGUGGCGCUUUAAUUCAAUGAUGAUAUUCAUGAUAAACGAUCCGUAUGAACAAUGAUGGAACACUUUCUAUUCUCUUUAUUGGGUCAACGAUGCACCGAUAUAGCGAUAAUUAUAAACCUCCAGAAUCUCUUAAAACUUAAAUGAGAAUACGAUACAAACAACGGAGAAAAAAAGUGCUGCAUGCUUCUCUUUUGCGUUCACUCUCUCGCUAUGUGUGUCGUUUGCAGCAUUGCGAACACUUAUCCUGCCUGCCAUAGAUGUGUGAACGUGAGUGCAUGUUUUUGUGUGUCGGCUUUGGAGAUAUGCAAUGCAGUGUGCCUGUGCAUUGCAUCGCAUCACAUUGAGAACGUGCUUCGGCGAAGUAGAGUUUGCGUUAAGUUGAUGUCGUGUGCAAUGAUAUUUGGUUGUUGUUAAAUCAAGGACAUAAUUAAUUCGUCAUCUGUGCUCUUUCUGUGUGUGUGUGUGUGUAUUUGCAUCAGCAACAGUAACGGCAAUAUCAUCAUCAUCAUCAGCAGCAGCAGCAGAAGCUGCAGAAAUAGCAGUGGAAGUAGCAUUAGCACCGCGCCACCGUGUUUCCUUCAUGAAGGCCAUCAACAGGAAGACACACCGACCAGUUUUAUUACUACUACAUCAAUUACUUGACAAAAGCCAUGCAACUUGAAGAUCCUCGUAUUCGAUAUCGGCAACUGCAAAAUGAGCAUGCAUCCACCGAAUCGAUUCCCAUGCAAACCAGUUCACAGACAUGUUUUACGGAAUUUCAGCCUUUGCAUGGAUCCCCAUAUCACGUAUAUCCCAUUAAUAAUCAUCCACCUGCGGUUCAAGCAUUUCAAGCACCGAACACAGCGUCACUGUAUAAUGUAUCAACCAGUCCGCUAUUAACAAAUAAAUUACAAAAAAUGGAAAUGUCACCGGUGAUGCGAAUGGGCAGUCCAAACAUAUCGAGAAUCAUGCAGCAUUUCGACAAAACCAGCCAAAAUGGUAGCACUUGUGGAAAUUACCAAGAAACAUCAUUCAUUACGCAGGCCGACACCGAUGCCGCAGUGGCCAAAAUAAAUACAAUGUUUCCGACGGCAAGCGAUGCGCAUAUUCGGCUGCUGCUAAAAAAAUAUUACAAUCGCGAGGCUGUAGUUAUAUCUGCUUUGCAAGUGGAAAAGCAUCCCUUAACGACGCCUGGCCCGUACUCAACACCACCAUUGCCACGGCAUCCGUUGAGCAAAAAGCAUUCGUUGAUUACAAUGACUCCGCCGUUGAGUCGAUUCGAGCCACCAACAUCUCGAACAGCCAGUCCGAUUCCAGCUCGACCAGCAAGUAGCUGUGCUAGUGCCAGCUAUGGUUCGCCACGUGUUGGAGAAGGAUUCCGAUGCUCACCCAAACCACAUUCAUCACCAAAGAUGAAGCUUAGAUACUUGAAGAGUAUUUAUCCGAAAGCCGAAGAAAUGCUUUUGCUUGAUAUAUUAGCAAAUGCUGACAAUAAUGUGCAAAAGGCUUCGGAAAAGCUAUCGUCGAUGGGCUAUGAAAAACGUGAUACAACUGCACCCAAACCAACAAAUCGUACACGCGAAGAGCAAGUUCUAAAGGAGCGAAUCGAAAGAGAAAAUACGCCUCCGCUACAACCAAGAUUAAAAUCAAAUGAAGAAAAACAGAAAAUCAAAAAUCAGCUAAAAUCCCGUUACAAGGAUGUUGCCGGGCGAAUCAUUACAAUGGCGCUGGAUAGUGUCGAUUAUUCGGAGGAGAAAGCAAUUAAAAUCUUGGAAAUUGUGAUGCAAGAUGACAAAGUUGCAAAAGAGGAGAUCAAACAUGAAGUGAAUGAAGAUGCAUCGGUGGAAAAUGACACGGCUCCACCGCAAUCAACUUCACAAUCAGUCCCAGAUGUGGUGGAUCUUGAGGAAAGCCGCAGUGAAAGCACAACUUUAUCCACCGCAAUUCCAAAAGACGAUACAAAAAGCACUUUAGCACAGGAUGAUGAAAAUAAUUCCGAUCAAUGCGUUAAAGUUAAAAGCACGUCGAAAUCGUCGCCGGAAUCAUUAUCAUCACCAUCCGACCUUGCAAUCACUCCAACCAAUGCCAAGAUGUAUCGCUGUCGCUUUAAGGCUAAAUCAGAUCAUGCAAAGCCAACAAUCCCGGCUACACCUAUCUCAAGCGACAGCAUAGACAAUAGCGAAUCGGAUAGUAAGCCAACAUUCAAAUCUCCAUGGAAUAACAAUAAACUAUCCAUGGGCCCGAGUGUAAAGGCAGCAAAGGGGCCAAAUGAAGAUUUAUUACUAGCCGAUUACAUUGCAUGGAAUGGAGCCAAUUCCGAGAUAUGCAAGGGAACUCGAAGUCUUGCCAAAGGAACCGAUCCAACAUUGCGUUCGAAUCGAUUAAUUCAAGCACAAGGUUCAAAGAGUGAAUUGUGCAAAGGGCCAAGUGCCGGUUUGGCCAAGGGCAGCAUCUAUGCGCAACUGAAAAUGCAACAAAUUGCCAAUGUGAAAUGCAACUAAAUCUGAGCACGGCCGGCCAGAAAACCAAAGACGAGUCAACUACCAAUAUGAUGGUAGUACCAUUCGGUCCAUUUACAUUCCGAAAUUGUGAUGAUGUUGUCAUAGGAAAAGAUUUAUGUUGAAGAAUAAGAAAACUAGGGAUACCAGCAACCAGAGAUAAUCAAAUCAAAUUAAUUAGCCAAAUUUCUAGUUAAUAACUAACAGAAAUAAUUUUAAAAAUUUAAUUAGAUAUUUGACAAAGUCCUUCCUCGUGUAAAAUCUAAAUGUUUUUUUUUUCGAAUUUUAUUCGUGUAAAUCAAUUUUCGAUGUUAAAUUGAAUGUUCAUUUUGUUCGGAGCAACAAAAAACAAAGUAAACUAAACCAAAAUGACAAGAAGAAAAUUUUGCUGUCGCCAAAAUCGCACUCAUCAACUUCCACUUUUAGACGACAUUUUAUGAGGCAAACAAGAAACUAAAAACAACGAUGCACACGACACUUACACACACAUACACACCAACCAACCCAACAUUGUCCGAGCCAUUUUUCUUUGGUCGCAACUGAAAGCAAAGUGAUUAUUUUUAAGUGAGACAUUUAUUUUGUAAGCAAUUUGAUUUUGAUGUACCCUUCAUUUGAUAUAAGUGAUGCUGAACAACGAUAAGUUGCGACGUUUUAUUGGAAAAAGCGAAGAGAAAAAGAAAAUAAAAAUGAAUAACGAAUCUCA